CCCUGAACUAGUGAGUACUUGUGUGUUACAUCUAUUGUCAUCCAACGCUGUUUUGAUGCGUUUGACCUCAGAUUUACCACUUGUAUUGACGCUUUAGUGUUCCUCUGUGUGGAACGUCCAGAAUGCCAGGCGAAGCCACAGAAACUGUCCCUGUUACAGAGCAGGAGAUGCAGCAGCCCCAGGCGGAGACGGCCACACCUGCUGCUGCGGCUCCUGCUCCCUCUCAGGCAAAGCCUAAAGUGGGCAAAACUAACUCUAAGCUGUCCUCUUCUCCUCACACCACCGCUCCUAAGCCAGUUCCUGCUGGACACAGGAAACGAUCCUCUCUAUCUGCCUCCUCAAGCUCCCCUACCUCUCCUAAAUCUACCUCUGGCCAUCGUGCUACCCCCCCAUGCUCCCCUUUGGCCUCUCCUCUAGCUGACUCUUCUGUAGCUGGGAAAGCGGAGCAGACUGCUCCUAAGGUGGUAAAGGCUGGCAAACAAGGGAAGCAACAGAAAGCAAAGAAUUUUAAACCUGCUGACCCUGAGCAACCUCCCUCAGCCUCUAAGCCUGCUCAGGAGCCUGCACCAGUUGCAACUUUUCCGUCUCUUGCUAUACCAUUAAAAGAAGUAGCAAAACCAGCUGGAGAUGGAAGUGCUUCCCCUGUCUCUCCCAAAGUUGCUGUGGCUCCUGUUGACUUUAAAGUAACUUCUAAAUCUGCUGCCCCAGCACCAAAGUCAUUUAAAGAAGCUGUGGCCGCCAGUCCACCAAAAGUGGCUGAAGCCUCCAAGGUUGCCUCUGAAGGUCCUAAAGUAGCAACCCCUGUUGUUUCAGAAGCAAAGAUUUCCUCACCCUCAAAAGCAGCUGCCAAGCCUGGCCCUGUUAAAGUGCCAAAUGUGAACCCAGCCACUGCUGUUCCCCCAAAAUAUGCCCCUGCAGCGCUUGAGGAUGAUCUCCCACCUCUCUUACCACCUGAGAAUUCUUUUACAAUGCCUACACUCCCCCCCAUGCCACCUAGUGCAAUGCCUGUAGUUACCCCAACAGCUCCCAAAGCAGAAGCUGUCCCUACUAGUAAAGUUGAAUCUUGCUCUGUCCCUGAAGCUAAGGCUGCUGCUAAAGCUAAGCCAGCUCCUAAGGUUGAACAUAAAACAGAACAUGCCCCAAAAAUUGAGGUUGCAUCUAAAGUUGACCCAAAACCCAAAGAUGAGCCUAAUCCUGCCCCUAAAGUUGCAGUUGCUUCUGCUCCUAAGACUGAGGCUGUUCCCAAACCUAAAGUUCAGGCUGCUCCUGCACCUAAAAAUAAGACUGCCCCUAUCCCUAAAGCUGAGCCUGUUCCUGCCUCUAAGGUUGAAGCUGCUCCUGCUCCUAAAGCUGAGGCUGUCCCCAAGGUAGAGGCUACUCCUGCACCAAAUGUUAAGUCUGCCCCUAGCCCUAAAGCUGAGGCUGUUCCUGUCAAUAAGGUUGAGGCUACACCUAAAGCUGAGGCUACUCCUGCCCCUAAAGUUAAGCCUGAUCCUGCUCUUAAAGCUGAGGCUGUCCCCAAGGUAGAGGCUACUCCUGCACCAAAUGUUAAGUCUGCCCCUAGCCCUAAAGCUGAGGCUGUUCCUGUCACUAAGGUUGAGGCUACACCUAAAGCUGAGGCUACUCCUGCCCCUAAAGUUAAGCCUGCUCCUGCUCCUAAAGCUGAGGCUGUCCCCAAGGUAGAGGCUACUCCUGCACCAAAUGUUAAGUCUGCCCCUAGCCCUAAAGCUGAGCCUGUUCCUGUCACUAAGGUUGAGGCUACACCUAAAGCUGAGGCUGCUCCCGCCGCCAAAGUUAAGCCUGCUGCUGCUGCUCCUAAAGCUGAAGCUAUCCCCAAGGUUGAGGCUGCUCCUGCACUAAAAGUUAAAUCUUCCCCUAGCCCUAAAGCUGAGCCUGUUCCUGUCACUAAGGUUGAGGCUGCCCCUAAAGCGGACUCUGUCCCUACCUCUAAGGUUGAAGUUGCCCCUGCUGUUAAAGUUAAGCCUGUUGCUGCUCCUAAAGCUGAGGUGGCAGUGGGUGCUAAAAUUGAGGCUGCUCCUGUCCCUAAAGUCGAGUCUGAGACUGCUCCUAAAGUUAAACCUUCCCCUGCUCCCAAAGUUGAGGCUGCUGUCCCUACCCCUAAAGCUAAACCUGUCCUUGUCCCUAAAGUUGAGCCAGUCCCUGUUCCCAAACCAGUAAAAGCCCCAUCUGUACUGGAGCCAGUCAUCAAGAACGACAAGGGGUCUGGCACUGAAUCUGAUAGUGACGAUUCUGUUCCUGACCUGGAGGAGCAGGAUUCUGCACAGACACAAACACAGCAGGCACAGCUUGCAGCUGCAGCCGAAAUCGAUGAGGAACCUGUCAGCAAAGCAAAGCAAAGCAGGAGUGAGAAGAAAGCCAGGAAGGCCAUGUCCAAAUUGGGGUUGAGACAAGUUGCUGGUGUUACCAGAGUAACCAUUCGCAAGUCCAAGAACAUUCUCUUUGUCAUUACCAAACCAGAUGUCUACAAAAGUCCAGCUUCAGAUACUUACAUUGUCUUCGGUGAGGCCAAGAUUGAAGAUCUGUCCCAGCAAGCCCAGUUAGCAGCCGCAGAGAAGUUCAAGGUCCAAGGAGAAGCUGUUUCAAACAUCCCAGAAAACACACAGACGCCCACAGUACCGGAGGAGAGCGAAGAGGAAGAGGUUGAUGAGACUGGAGUGGAGGUCAAGGACAUCGAGCUGGUCAUGUCUCAGGCCAAUGUAUCCAGGGCAAAGGCUGUGCGCGCACUGAAAAAUAACAAUAACGACAUUGUCAAUGCUAUUAUGGAAUUGACGAUGUAGAUGGAAAUCGGGGACUGGGUCAAAUUAAGAUGAUGUUGAUUUAAUCCUCACUAUUGUUUGUACAAUUUAUACCCAAGAGAAAUAAAGGUGUGUCUUGAUGAAAUUAUA